AUGAUGCCCUUCGUAAGGGCACUCCCUAACGCUCGUUGCUGUCUUUGCCAUCUCUCGCGCUGUGUCACACGGCCGGUACCUACUACGACACGUUGCCUAUCCUCUUCCAAUUCUCGAUUACGACAACAAUACCGCUAUAUCCCAGGCUCCUCUAUAGCUUCACGGCGCAACAACGACUUCAAUUCAGGCUUCAGCAGCAGCUAUGACCCAUCAGUCGAUGCGGGGCGCGGCCCCAUGUUCAACAAGACCAACUUUGGCGUACCGCAGUUCUACCCACGCGAUCUCAAGAAAAGAGUGGACGACUACGUCGUUGGCCAGGACCGGGCUAAGAAGACAAUAUGCGCAACCAUCUUCAACCACUACCAGAAUCUGCGGCGAAGACACCAACAUGAGCACGAAGACCGGAACAGGCGGGACAAGGUAAUGCGCCAGAGGUUUGCGAGAGACAGAGAACUGCAUCAGAAGCGUCGUGAGAUGCACCCUGUCGAAGAUGAGUUCCCGGGCCAUAAUGAGUCGGUCCGUGCGCUUCACGAUAACCACGAAUUCGAUGACGACCCAAUGGACCAUCUCUAUGUUGCAGAGGAUACAACAGUUCCCGACCACGUCAAGAUAGACAAGAGUAACCUCCUUCUGGUCGGCCCCACGGGCGUUGGCAAGACCUACAUACUAGAAACACUAAGCAAAAAGAUAAACGUACCCUUCUCUAUCUGUGACUGCAACUCCUUCACUCAGGCUGGAUACAUAGGACAGGACGUUGAGACCUGCGUUGAGCGGCUCCUUAUCGAAGCCAACUAUGACAUCAAGGCAACAGAGCACGGUAUUAUUGUUCUAGAUGAAUUCGACAAGAUUGCAAGGCGCGAAACGACUACUGGUCGGGAUGUUGGGGGCGAGGGUGUUCAGCAGGCGCUGCUGAAGCUCGUUGAGGGAACAAAAAUCACCAUCAAUGUCAAGGACAACCGCUCAUCCCGAUCUACGCCACCUAUCACAACGAACUAUAGCGCAUCCGGGCCAUCUUCCUCGACUCCUCAGGCGACUCCUCCAGGUGGCAAGGUUGACCAGUAUACUAUUGACACUACUAACAUCCUCUUUGUGUUCUGCGGCGCCUUCGUCGGGCUAGACAAGGCGGUCCUAAAGAGGGUUGCAAGACCGACGAUGGGGUUCGGCGGAGAACUUAGGGGACGCUCCUCCAUGUCUGGCAACAAGCAAACCCUGCCGGCAGAAACAUAUAUGCAUUUGCCUCACCACAACCCUCAAUCAGCUUCAUCGUUCACGCCGUUAGAUCUCACCACUCCUGCUGAUCUACAAAGCUUCGGUUUCAUACCCGAGCUGAUAGGGCGCCUGCACAAUAUCUGUGCUCUUAGCCCGCUUUCUCAAGAAGAUCUUUUACGUAUUCUAACUGAACCCAAAAACAGCCUUGUUGCUCAGUAUACCGCUCUUUUCGAGACGUACCCUUCGCGGUUAUUCUUCACAGAGAAAUCAUUAUAUGCUAUCGCGGAGCGAGCUGCUGCUUCAGAAACAGGGGCCCGAGGUCUCAAGAUGGAGAUGGAACGUGUCCUAGCAGAGCCCAUGUUUGAUGCUCCGAUGCCUUAUGUACUCAUCACCGAGGCAUGCGUAAAGGGGACGGAGAAGGCAGGAUACUGGGGCAAAGACGGCCGGUUUGAGGUGGACAGAAGAAUGCAGGCAGAAGAGAUGAACCCAGCCAUAGGGGAACCCGAGAACACAUUUGAAAAGUAUCGAGAAGCUGGACAGAGCGGUGGCUAA